ACCACUGUCCACUCUACAAAAUAUCUGAGGAAUACGAGAGCGACUUCUCAUCCCUUGGUUUUCCUGACAAUCUUCCUCGCAACGGUAAAUGCGAGAUUUACUUCAGAUCCAAGGAGCGUGACAAAGUGAUCCAUUUAAGAUUUUCAGAAUUAUUUUUAUCUCCCAGUGAUUCUGUAGAAGUUUUUGAUGACCAAUUUGACAAUGGAGUCAUCGCAUCGUACUCGUGGGAGGAAAAGCCAUAUGUGUCGGUUACGUCGAAAGGUCAUUCCGCUCGAGUCGUCUUCAAUUUGAAAAACGCCGAGACAAAGUUCGGUCGACGAUUCAGGCUUGUGUAUAAAUCUUUAACUGCAG